AUGCAGUCGACACCGGAGAAGGCAAAGUCAGUUUUCGAGUUCACCGCCGUCGAUCUGAACGGUAACGAGGUCUCGUUCGAGCGCUACCAAGGAUCGGUAUGCAUGAUCGUGAACUUCUCCACCAAGGAUCCCGCCUUCGACAAGGUGCUGAAUCUUCUCACGCCACUCUACCGCAAGCAUCACAACGAUACUCGAAAAGAUUUGAACGUCCUCUUCUUCCCAUGCUUCCAAUUCGGUGCCAAAGAAACGCCGGGCGAGAUCGUGAAGCGCUUCGAAACCGACACCGGUGGUGCGAUCGGUGAGAUUUUCGCCGAGAUCGAGGUGAACGGCUCCAAGGCACCGGGCCUGUACAAGUAUCUGAAGGCGAAAAAACCGGGCAACUGCGGUGGAUUUGUGAACAGCAAUUUUACCAUCUUUCUGACCGACCGCCAAGGCGUUCCGGUGGAAAGGUUGAGUGCUGGAAUCCAUCCUUACACGCUGGAGGACAUGGUCGAGAAUUUGCUUCGUUGAGCUGUGCGCGAUCGAUUCUACAGAUCAGAUACUAAUAAAGGUAGCA